AUGAAGCAUUAAGACCAUUUAAGCCAGAAAUCUUAUCUGAUAAACGACAUGAAAUACAUUUCUAUUGAUUAAUAGAAAGAAUGGGAAAACUAAAAGAUAAAAGAAGAAGCCAAAAGAAGACUUGAGAAUAGUUUAUAGAUUGAAAGAUAAUAUAAUGAUAGUUAAUCUUAUAUGAAACUUAAAAAUGAGAAAUCGGCUUUUAUGAGAGCGUAGUUUAUUAAGCUUAAACUUGAUAAUCACAUUAAGAAAAACUAAGAUAGGGAGCGGAAAUAGUUCAAAUUGCCCAACUUAGAUAAUAUCGUGUCUAGAAAUUGUAAUAAUAUAGAUAAGUUAAUGUUUGACAAAUGA